AUUUAUUGAAAAUACAACUUCAAAUAAUGAAUUCCGAAGUUGAUCACCUUAGCCUUAGCAGUCUUGAUGAAGAGUUCUACAAAGAACUAGAUAAUGAAAUAAUUGAAAUGGAACAUGGUAAAGAAAAACUAAAAAUUGUCCAAAAAUUCAGCUUGAACUCACCUACCAUUAAGAAGAACGAAGGGUCAUUAUACAGAGAAAAACAACUCAUUGAUCACAUUAUCAGCCUAAAAGAUACUAUUAAAUAAACUAAAACAAGAUAAUCAUACUCUACGAGACAAAAUGAAGAACAUAAAAAGGCAAAAUAAAGACAUUAUUGAGAAAUACAAAAAAGAUGUUAACUUUGAAAUGGAGCUUGACUUCAAAGACAAGAAUACAAGUCUCCAUGAAAUGUUCAUCAAAGAACAUCAGAAAGUGCUAGAUCAGUUCAAUACCAAAAGAGAUGAGAUUAUUCGCAAAAAUAAGGCUAUUAAGAAGCUGGUGAAUAUCCUUGUCAGUCAAGAAACCUCCCUUUCUGAAGCAUACAUUAACGCUAACACUGCUAUUGGAGAAACAAUUUCCACAUUUAGAUCUCAAGCUUUACCUAAGAAGAAGGGAUUACAGGAGAAAAUACAAAUCGACCUUACCACACAAACCCACAGGUUUAUCAGAGAUGUAGAAGUGAAUGUAGAUAUUCCUGGACUCAACAAAGCGACUGCUUACGGUGAAGACUGUAGCCAGGCGCUAAAAUAUAUGGAGUUUGAAUUCGAUACUCUCAAACAUCUCAGUGAGACCUUAAUGGACGAUUUCAGUACAGCCACUUUCCAAAAGAAAAGUUUACAGAAAUAAGUUCAGAGAGAUGAAGUGAGAUUAUGAAGCUCAAAUAAAGGAAAAGAAUGCGAAGAUCAAAGCCCUCAAGAAGCAAGUCAGAGAUAUCCUUAUUGCGAAGGAAAAGGAGUUUAGAAAUCUCAAGAAAUGAGUCAACUCCGAGUUUGAUAUAAAAGAUAUCAUCAUCCAGAGACAUCAGGAAUAUAGCAAAAUCCUGAUGAAGGAGCUGGUAUUUUCCAAAAAUAUUAUUAAAUAACCCCAAACUACUCAGCACAGCCAGCAAUUUCUUAAAUUACCAAGCUGAAAAUCUUGGUGAGAGGGUUAAGAAAUUGCCAGAGAAGUAUAGAUAUCCUGCUGAGCUAAAUCGCAAAGCAAGAUCACCUGAAGGGAGAGUUGUUCCUCUCAAGUUGAAUAAGAUAAAGCGAAGUGUAAAUUUCUUCAGCAUUUCUCCAAGAUCAAGGAAUCAGAACUCCAGUGCUGGAACUUCAACUACAAACCUUCAGGUGCGAUCUUAUCGAGAAAACAAGCAACCAAUGAUGAAUUUCCGGCCUCCUAAUUUCACCGCCAGAAAAUUAAUGAAAUAA